AUGCAUUUUAUUAAAUCAAGUCAACCAUCAAAAAAAUUAUUAAAAACUCAAAUGUAUAAAUCUCAUCAACAAUUACCUACAUUAUGUGAAUCAUCAACAUCAAUUAAUAUGAUGAAAUUUGAUCGUGGUCUAGUAAAACGUUCAUUAUUAUAUUCACUUGAACGUGGAUAUUUUUCAUUUGUACGUUAUUUACUUGAAUCGGGUGCCGAUUCAAAUGAACGUGAUUUAGAAGAUCGAACACCAUUAAUGUAUUGUUGUUUUAUUGAUGAUGAUACAUGGUCAUUAAAUAUUGUAUUAUCUUUAUUAGAAUUUAGUGCAAAAAUUCAAUAUCAUGAUAAACAUGGUUUAAAUUCAUUAAUGUAUGCUAUUAUUAAUGAACGUAUAACAUUAGUUCAUCAAUUUUUAUCAUCAUUAGAUUUUGAUAUUAAUCAAUCAACUGAUAUUCAUGGAAAUACAUGUUUACAUUAUGCUUGUUAUAUUGGAAAUGUUGAAAUUGUUCGAUUAAUUUUAACAUGUAUGAAACGUUAUUCAGCAGAUAUAACAAAAAAAAAUAAUCAUGGUUCAACAGCAUACGAUGUUGCAUGUUUAUUUUAUCAUGAUCGUUGUAAAAAUCUAAUAAGAAAUGAAUUAACAUUAGGACAACGAUGUAAUAAUAAUAAAAAUCAUCAAAUUAUUAAUAUUCCACCUUUAGUAACUUAUCAACGACGUUUAUCAACACCUACUCGAAUAUGUUCAGCGGCAUCAACACAUAAUGGAUCAGUAUUAUCAGUACCAUUUUAUGUACUUAGUUCAGCAAAUAUACGAAAAAGACGUCAAAGUAUAAUAUCAAAUGUAAAUAAUUCAUUAUGUCCACCAUUAUUUAUUAAUCCUAUAGAAUCUCGAUCAGUUAUAUUAAAACGAAAUAAUAUUUUAGAUAAACAAUGUUUAGAUUAA